AUGAAACGCGCAGUAUCUAAUUUGCAUGGCAAUGGGGACGAACGCCCAGCGAAACUGCAACGUCGAGACAGUCCAAGUACGGUUCCAAUACCAUCAAACAGACAGCAGGAGGAGCAGAUUACAGCGCAACCGCUUUCACCUUUAUCGAACAAUAUCAAUACCAAGCAAACUGGCAAGCAAGAACGUGGACAUUCUACGAUUCCACCUAGGUCGAAAUCGACCAAUAAACGGAUCUUUGACUGGAUACCGCCUCCAUCAGAAGAGUUUUACGACGCUGAUGUUAUGGAUCAGCCUGCAUCCAAAAGAUCGCGGUCACGAUCAAUCUCCACUGACCGUGGGCGGCCUCGAUCCACGUCCUCAGAUACCACGUCGUCCCGGGAUCACAAAUCAUCGGCAUACAAGGAUCCCAAUUAUGUUACGAUCCUCGAGACAAAAGGCUGCUUCAUGCGCCCGUCGGAGGCUGGUCCCGUUUUAGAGGAUAUAGAGCUUUGCAGGCGACUCCUUCAGCAACCAAUCGAGAACCCUCAAGGUACCUUAUUGGACGACAAUUUCAUUGAGGACUUUUACAACUCAUUGCGAAACCGAUCUGAAGCCCGGCUUCUAGUAGAUCUACACCCACACCUCAUGCCCUCAGCCGAAAAUCAAUAUAUCCAGGGGAGACGAUGGCUUAAGAAUGUGAUUGAUGGUUAUAAUGACCCGUGGCUCAAGACAGAGCCAAUUCAUGGACCUAGACCACAACCUGAUCAUGCACGAGGCUUAAAAUGGUCAACAUUUUCAGAACAGCAGCGUCGAAAGCUUGGAAUCAAGCCGGCUGAGAAAUCACUGUACAUAGCGCGAGACGACAUGUACUUUCCAUACUUGACAGCAGAGAUUAAAUGCGGAACCCAGGCGCUGGAAUUUGCUGACCGACAAAAUAUGCACAGCAUGUGCAUUGCUCUUCGGGCUGUGGUCAGCCUAUCUCAGAUAGCCAGCUGCCCAGAGAAGGUCCAUCGAAGAAUUUUGGCAUUUUCUAUAUCACAUGAACUAGAUGGCUUGCGGAUCUAUGGCUACUACCCCGAGAUUACCGAUGGCAGGAUCGAAUACUUUCGAUGGAAAGUUGCACAAAUCGACAUUUGGUCAAGGGAAGAUAAAUGGACAUGUUAUCGUUUUGUCGAGAAUCUAGACCGUGAAUUUCUUCCUAUCCAUAUCGAUCGAUUAAUGGACUUGCUAGCAGAAAUCCCUGAGCCACAAGAUUUCUCUUUUGAGAUCGAUAAUGAUCACGAUAUUGCAUCGGGGGUCGGAUCGCAGGAAUGGUCUGGAUAUAGCCGGGCCCCAUCCUCACAGAACCUACAACCAGAACUAUGUAGCAUGAUUCAGGUCUUGCAGCAACAAUUAGAGGAACAGAAAACACGGUUAGAGGAACAGAAAUCACGGGAAGAGGAACAGAAAGCGCGGGAAGAGGAACAGAAAGCACGGGAAGAGAAGCUUCUCGCUAAAUUAGAACAGCAGGCAGCAGAGCAGAAGGUACGAGAGGAGCAACAGAGGUUACGAGAAGAAAGACUCCUCAAGCUUCUAGAACAGAGACAAUGA